GAAGGUGAGCAUGAGAGUAAGCGCGAUGGAAGCACUGCCUUUUUAUCACGGGGCCAUCAGCCGCGAGACCUGCGAGAGGCGUCUAGGGGAGGCCGGCAAAGAUGGCAGCUACUUAAUCCGUGACAGCGAGAGCGUUUCUGGAGCUUACUGCCUAUGCGUACUGUGCAACAACCUUGUCUACACUUACCGGCUCCAGCAGAACAAUGGAGGCUCCUGGGCAGCAGAGACAGCCCCCGGUCAGCAGAAACGCUUAUUCCGGAAAGUCAAGAAUUUGAUAAGUGCCUUUGAGAAGCCAGAUCAAGGCAUUGCCAUUCCACUGCUCUACCCAGUGACUGUCCAGAAUCAACACAUGUCCCAAACACAGUAAACUAAGUCAGCGAACUCACACGAUGCAGUACAUGUGACAUUCAUUGUGGAUUGUUUUUUUUUCCUGGAUGUGAUCAUCAGAAUCACUGACUUUUCAAUGACUUUUCUUCUGUUCCACUCGUACAAGUAGCAGACAGCACCUAUCUGGAUCUGCAUAUACUUGACUUGAGUUUGCGUUUGUGUAUCUGCUGUGCAGUUUUUCAGUGUUUUUAGUAAAACCAGCUUAAGAGCAGCCAUUUCUAAAACUGAAGAAGACCUAAAAUGUAAUUAAAAUAAAUAAUGAUUGUUCAACUGUACAGAAACGUAUUAGUUUGACACUCCUUUAUGUUCACUGAACAUUCUACAGUGAAAAAGUCAAAAAAAGGAAAACAUAUUUAUGUUCACAGUCUGUAAUUCAUGCCGAACAUUCUGUAUGUUUACCGAUUGCCGCAUGUGGUCACAUUUGCACCUCCUCUUCCAGUCAGUACAGACUUUAACCCUAUAAGGUCAAUAAGCUUAGUCUCACUUUCAUUUAAUUCUUUUUGCAAAAUUUGUACUGCAUAAAGUGGCAUAUAUUGUGGGAAUCUAUCAAAAAUGUCAAACAUGCAAUUGGUCAGCUCAGUAAUGGACUGUGAUACUGUUACAAUCCUGUCUGUAAAGAUGCCUUGUGUCUUUUAAGAUGCACCGAAACUGCA